AUGGCAGGCGCUCGAGUGGAUGACCCCAGCUACCUCCUCGCAUCCAUGAAGGAAUGGGGCACUCCUGAUGACGUCCAACAGGCACUGACGGGCAAGGGUUACACGACAGUUGCGCUGGUUGCUCACGCACUGCCCGAGCCGGAUGCGCUCGAGCCCUUUCUCCUUGCCGUUUUGGGCCGCCCGGCUAACCACAUCCCCGGGGAAGCACUUUUCUCCCCUGCUGCUUCAGGGCUGCGACGUGUUGUGAAGGCGUGCCAGGACAUGGUUGGUGUGUCUGGUAGUCCUGAUCCAACAUCUCCUCUGCAGCAGUUGUCGUCAUCCAAGACGACACGCCUUUCAGCCGCCGACGUGUCCCAGCUUAAGACUGCCUUCCAGACCAAGUACCCUUCCGAGCUCCUCACAGCGGAGCUGACACCGUCGCUUCCCUUUCUGAUGCUCUUGAAGGAAGGACUUGAUGCCAAGCAACUCCCCUGGGUCCCCUGGUGCUCUCGCACCAGCGAGGCUGACGCUGUGGCGUUCACCGAACGUCGCAAGCCUCGCACCGACAACGCUAUGUUGCUCACUUUGCUCCAAGGGUCUUCGGAUGAUGAUUUGCAGGCUCCGAUUCCGAAUCAAGGACCAGUGGAGCCAAUUGUGCGUCGCUUCUUUGGUCUCAUGUGCAACGGGCUUGCGUUGCUGGAUUCGGUGCAUUUGCUUCCACUUCGCAAGCUGAUGGAGAAGUUCGUGGGGCUGGCGGUUGCGCAGCCUGUCGACAAGAGUCUUCGUUCUCCCUCCCUUCUGGAGGUGAUGGAAGCGGAUCGCGUUGUCUGGCUUGGUGUAUCCGCUUUGCAACAGGAGAACGCAUGGUCUUUGGCUGAUGCGAUUGCCGAGAUGACGCACAUUCGCCCGGACAUGCAUGCAGCCUUGGCACCCCGGGUGAAGGCGGCGUCACCUCAUGCACCUGCGUCUGAGCGAUCUUCACGCAAACGUGCGGCCAGUCGUGACGGGUCGCACAGACAGCCAAAGGCCAAAGCCCAGAAGAACAAAUCCUCUCCCUCGUCGGCUGCCAAGGAAAAGGUGACACCGUCUCGCUGGCCUACCAAUUGGGCUCGGCAUAUCUCUGGCAAAGGGGUCUGCAUUCGCUUCCACACUUCCAAAUGCAAGAACAAGUCUUGCCGCUACUCGCAUAAGUGUCCCAUCUUGAUGGCCAAUGGUGCACCGUGUGGCGCGGACCAUGCAGCCAGUGCUCACAGUGGGGAUUCGCCCGGUGUCUGCCUGCCCGACGUUGGGGCUCCUUUGCCUGGUUCAGCCGAAGAUUUUGCUUCCCAAUUCUUUCUCCGUGAAGAGGCACCCUGCGCCUCUACAAUUUUGCAGCUAGCUGACUUGCUGUUGGCCGAGUGCUCUGACCGUGACGCCAGGUUUGCUGUGGGCAAAUCCGUUUCUGCAGGCUUGGCGAUUCGCAAGGGCGCACAUCUUCGUCCUGCAACAGUCUCCCAUCCCCAGUCCGUGAGACUCGUUAAUCGUUUCAUCUCCCUGCUCUCACCCUCCUUUUUGCACAGCAGUUUUGUGAUCAUCGAUGGAGUAGAGUCCGCUCCUCAUCGUGAUCGCCUCAACGCAGCAAUCCCGAACAUUGUCCUUCCCAUCAGCCGCUUCCGCGGCGGUGAGCUGCUUAUUGAGUGCCAGGACGGUCCGGCUGUCAUCGAGUGCCCCGGCGGUCCUCUUGCUGCCCGUCGCCUUUCUCCUUCUCAGGGACCCGUUGUGUUCAAUGCUCGGGACUGUUUCCACACCGUCGCUGCCGCACAAGACCGCCGUGUGGUGGUGGCUGCCUAUACCCUGCAAGUCUGUGUUGCAGAGCCUGAGCAGAUCGCGCAAAUGGCGCCUCGACUCUGCGAGCUCGGCUUCCGGCUUCCCACCUCUUCCGACACGGCCUUGGUGUCUGCCCUGGAACCUCAUCAUCUUCCACUUGCUCCCCAUCAGUGGAGGCUAAUGCCAGAUUCACCCCCUUGCCCUCCUCCGUUUGCGGGUGCCGAAAACAGGGUCGAGGUUGGCUGCAACUCCCUGCCGUGUCAGGGCCCAGCCUCUUCCCUGGCCUCGCCAUGCUUGGAUGGCUCGGAUUUCCCAGGUCCAGCUGGCCCACGCUUGUUCCUGGAUCUCUUCGCUGGGGCUCGUGCUCCGAUUUCGGAGGCAAUGGCUACGUUUCUGGCCGACCGCUUUGAGCCUGUUGAUAUCAUCUUUGGCCCUGAGUUUGAUCUUCUUCGGGACGAUAGGUUCGAGCUGCUAUGCCGGGUUGCAGAUUCCGGCCUUGUCGGGGCAGCUAGUGCGGCCCCGGUGUGCUCUGACCAUUCGGUUCUGAUCCACUCAUGCUGGUUGCAGUCGGUAGCCCCGUUCGCGGCCCAGGUGGCCGCUUGCAAAGUUGGCCGUCCUUGGGCAAAGCGCUGGCUCUUUGUGUCUAACCGGGCCGAGAUUUUGGAGAUCGCGUCCGUUUGCGAUCACGGGCACUCCUCGCAUGAGCCCUUGCCACGGGGCCGCCUGGCUGAUGGUUCUUUUGCAUCCCGCUUGACGGCGGAAUACCCUCCCGCAUUGGCUCAGUCCCUAGCUUCGCUCGUCAGUCGCUUUGUGACCCGUUCCAAUCGGGUGGUUCCUCUGGAUGCAUGGCGUUCGGUGCUCCCGGCGGCGCCCGUUUGGCCACAGCCGCGCCUUCGGGUAGAGGAUGGUGGCGGUCUUCGUAGCACGGCGGCCUGGUUGUCUCCGUCUGGCCCUGACUACCUUCGGCGCCUCCGUCUGGCCUGGACGCAGAGGCUUUUUGAUUCUGGCCUUUGCCUGCAAAUUUCAGCUGCCCUGCGGGUAGGCUGUGAUGCAGCUCCCUUGUCUCCGGCUGAGCUUGCGCCGUUCUUGGACGAUUUGUGCGAUUUCCUCGAAGUUCCCACCUUGGAGCGCCCAGCUGUCUUGGAGGUUCCGGAGGGCCAGCCUUUUCGUCUGCAUCUACUGCAACGUCUCUUGGAGUGCUGUCAGGACCCGGAGGCCCGCGUCUGCCCGGAACUGGCGUCGGGCGUUCGUUUGGGAGUUGAUUGCACGCUGGAGCCUUCGGUUCACUGGCCCAAGCGGGAUGAGGCGCAUCCCCUUACAGAACUGUUGAUCUGCGACGGCUCCUGGAAGUCUGCUUCUGAUCAUCCCCAAGAGGUCUUGCAGAUGCUCGAAGAUGAGCUGGAGGAAGGUUGGAUUUCUGAGUACCCCUCGCUGCAGGCCAUCCAGGCCACCUUUCCGCAGGUCGCCUGCGGUAAGCUAGGGUUUGUCCAGGCCGAGGGCCGCUCGGCCCGCUUGGUGGUUGAUAGUUCGAUUAGUGGGGUUACGAGUUCCUGCCAGAUCCCGAAUCACAUGCUGAAUCCGAGGCUCUGCGACAUCGCUGCUUGCGCUCCAGAGCAGGUUCCUUCCGAGCCGUGGGUGGGAGUCUCUCUGGACGUUCGCAAAGCGCACCGGCGGGUUUUGCUGGCCUGGGUGGAUCGUGCUCUACUCGCCUUUUCCUUUCUGGGGCGCUUCUUUGUCUCCAACAACCUGAAUUUUGGAGCCAGGGCAUCGGCUUUCUGGUGGGGUCGAAUCGCUGGUAUGCUCAUGCGUCUGUCGCAUGCAGUCGUGUGGCUUCCUCACUUGAUGUGGGAUUAUGUCGACGAUUUUUUAGCGGCAUUCCGCUCUUCUACGGCCCCACUCCAUGCCAGCCUCUGGCUCAUUCUCUUCAUGUCGCUGGAGGUUCCACUGAGUUGGAACAAGUGCACCUGGGGCGAGUCGAUUCGUUGGAUUGGCUGGGAUCUUCGCUUCGACGUUUGGACUGCCGAGCUUCCGUGGGAGAAACGUGUACGUCGGUUGCUGUGGCUCUCUGGCCUGCUGGUCUGGAUGCGGCCUCUUCUCUCACCGGUGUACAAGGUCCUCACCCUGUUGCCCUCCACCUCCGUUGCUGUGUCACCAGCACUCUGGGAUCGGCUCUUGGCUGCUUGCGACGACAAGUGCGUGCUCCGGCAGCCCACGGGCCACGCGUCCCUCCCGCAAUCGGCGUGGGUGAUCCGCGUCGCUCACACUUUCGUCACUUCCAAGCAGCAGCUCCUUGAUACUCCAUUUCGCAAGCACCGUCUUUGGGUUACCGUGCAAGAUGCCGAUCAUCCCUAUCGUGUGGUUGACGAACCGGCUCGCGAAGCUGUCCGUGCUUGGGUGAUGGCAUUGGAGAGUGCACCCCUAUCCUGCUCCUUGCUGCGUCCGACACCGCUUCUACUCAUUGCCGAAGCUGAUGCAUUUGCGGAUGCGUCCUUGUGCGGCCUCGGCGGGUACAUCUCUUGGCCCUCCGGGAAAUGUUCCUGGUUUAGUGUCACCUUGACGUCUGAGGACGUGGCGCGACUGUGCGAUGUCAUGCCUCCCCCUUUGCAAUCGCACAUUGCCGCCUUAGAACUGCUGGCUCAGCUUUGUCUCUUGUGGGUCACUCAUGCUACUCUUCCUGGGUGCCGCACGGCAUUGGAGGUCGCGCUGCGCUGCGAUAAUUCUGCAGCUGAAGCAGCUGCUCACAAAGGGUUGUCGUCAGUUCGUUCUCUGGCCUGGGUUCUCCGCAGGUUCUGCGCUUGCGAGCAAAGCUUCAACAUUCGAGCUGCUCCAGAACAUAUCCCGGGUUACCGUAAUGCGCUGGCCGACGAGCUGAGCCGCCUCGGCACUUCGACUCCUCCUUUGGCGCUUGAGGACCGUUAUGCUCCACCACUCACAGAGCUGCUGCGUGCCCCCACUCAGCUCCGGCUGGGCCCUCCGCCCUCAUCUGCUCGCUGGCCUUCCUACAUCGAGCAGCUGGCGUAG